UGGAUGCUGCGAAGCGAUGCGUCAAAAAACUUUUUUUUAAUCUUUUUUUUUACUCCGCAGUAAAUAAUUGUACACAGUGAAGUGCAGUGCUUGUCGUUUUUUGAAUAAUGUGGUAGAGCUGUUUGAAAAUUGUGAUGAAAAAUUAAGAAAUCGGUGAAGGAAAUAUAAAUUUUAAUCUAAAGCACAGAAUACUCUAAAGAUGUCGAGCUACGGCAGCACGUCGCCGUCGGACGAGGGGUUCGACCGCUACGAACCGCCCUUCUACUGCCCACCGUCACAUCAAGGAAGCCCCAUGGACGGCGUGUACUGGUCAGCCAACGGCGAGGGCAACGAGUUCGACGCCCAAGACGUGUACCACGAUAACAACUACAUUGGCAGAGGAUACGGCUACGACGAAAUGCAGAUCUCGAACAACGAACCUUACGACGCGUAUAACAACAUGCUACAUAUCAACUAUGCACAGAACAGCGCAGGUCUAGACUGUGACAUGCAGAACAUACCGCGAUACGAGCGAACACCGCCUGCAUUCGUCAGGGUGGUGAAGAGGAGGACCACGGCCAACAAGAAGGAGAGGAGACGGACGCAGAGCAUCAACACCGCCUUCACCGAUCUCCGGGAGUGCAUACCCAAUGUGCCUCCUGAUACGAAGCUGUCCAAGAUGGCGCGCCGUUCGCAGAGCAUCAAUACAGCAUUCUCUAACCUGCGGGACCGUAUUCCCAGCGUGCUGCCCGACACCAAGCUAACCAAGAUCAAAACCCUGCGGCUGGCGACGUCGUAUAUCUCGUACUUGCUGAAGGUGCUGGAGACGGACGGGGAACCAGCGGGGGGGUUCCGUGCCGAGCUCCAGCACGCACCGCCCCGCCGGAGAACUGCUGACUCACAGAUGAACUCUGACAAAAAGGCAAAGGGGCGAACUGGCUGGCCACAACACGUUUGGGCGUUAGAGUUAAAAAGUGAACAAAACCUGCAGUCAUAGAGUAGAUAUCAGUGUUUUAGAAAUUAGAAUUUUUUUUAAUUCUUAAAAUUAUGAAGCCAAAGUUGUGCAAUUAUAGGUUAUUAUUAAAACUUUUAAAAAAUUGUUGUCGCUUUGUAAAGUGUCUCGUUACACAAAGCUGAGACACUUACACAAAAAACAUUGUAGGUCUAUAUUGUAUUAUAUAAUACUUCAAUAUUAUAAUUUAUAAGGAAUAGUAUUUACUAUUUUGUGAUAUCUUUUUUCAGCUUUAUUUCUACACUCUCUUAUAGUCUCUAUUUUAUUAAGGGGCUCCCAUAGACCAUAGUGGCAGCAUUUACGAACCGUUAAUUCUAUAAUAUUUUUAAAUAUAAUAUUUUUAAAUAAAGCACAAUUUACACAGGCGCGGAAUGGAACGGAAUGGAAGCAUCAAUAUCGCCUCAUGAGUCAUGGCAUGACAUGACAUACCAUUGUUUAGUCCGUAUAUUUUACUUGACUACAUAGUACAUAGUGAUUAAUGAUUAUAAUAUAUUAUCCUUGCUUGACUAGUUCGCACCACUUCGCGCGGAUUCCACAAAUGGCACCGGAGAAUUCUCGAGAAUUCCGCGGAAGACGCGCGUCCAAUUUUUUGGCGCCAUUAAACUGUGUUAUAAAGUUCAUUAUGUACAGUUUCGUUGCAAAAAUUCGCUUCCAUUCCAUUCCGCGGCAGUAUACAAUAAACCUUAGAAAUAACAUAUAUUUUUGACAUUUUAAAUGUUGAUGGAAACUUUCCGUAGGGUACAUUUAAUAAGUUGCAGAGCCUUUAUGAAUAUUAUAGAGAUAGAAAUAGCAUUUUGACUUCAACUCAAUUUGAAUGUUCUUUUUUGUAAGUACUUAGUUAUUUAAAUUAUUUUAUUUACGUAUA